AUGCCGGAGCCAAGCAACGACUAUCGUGUAGUUGUUUUUGGUGCGGGUAGUGUUGGCAAAAGUAGUUUGGUCUUGCGUUUUGUCAGAGGAACCUUCCGAGAUAACUACGUACCUACCAUAGAAGACACCUACAGACAAGUUAUAAGCUGUAACAAACAGGUAUGCACUCUCCAGAUAACAGACACGACGGGCAGUCAUCAGUUCCCCGCCAUGCAACGCCUGUCAAUCACCAAAGGACAUGCCUUCAUACUCGUCUACUCAAUAACCAGUCGACAGUCGCUAGAAGAGUUGAAACCGAUAUUCCAAGAAAUCGUUCAGAUAAAGUCGAGUACCGAUGACAUACCGAUAAUGCUGGUCGGUAACAAAAGCGACGAGGCAGCCAUGAGAGAGGUGGCCACUAACGAAGGAGCUAGCCUAGCGAAACAGUGGAAAUCGGCCUUCAUGGAAACAUCAGCCAAAACGAAUCACAACGUUCAAGAAUUAUUUCAAGACCUACUGCAGAUGGAGAAAAAGCGGUCGAUGACGUUGCAAUUGGACGUCAAGAAGUCAACCUCGCGGUUCAGCACGGACAGAUUCAAAGGAAAAUGCCAAGUCAUGUGA